AUGUUACAUUAUCAGGUGUUAUCACCGUUCAUUCGCCGUCACGAGAAGAACAUGGACGUUUACAUCGAACGCUUCGUCUCCGCUAUCAUUAAUCACGGUCCUGAUAUGGCAAUGACGGCUGGUGCAACGUUGCUAACACUGGCGAAGAAUCUUCACGCACUGUCUCUAGCACGAGCAGAUGCUCAAGGUCGCGUAUGCUUGCCUCUAGAGCAUGCUACUGUGGAGAUAGCGGAAAUCGUUGAACAAGAUGAAGUACCCCUCAAGAAUGCAGUAGAAAUCCAAGAAGAUGACGUUGUGGAGGUGAAACCGGAGCCGAUUGAACCUUAUGUGGAAGAUUUUGUAUAUAAGGCUACGCAUCAGCAGAAGGAUGAGUCAAAAUCAGCCUCAACGACUAAAACACCGCUUCCCACCAAGCGGAAGCGUGGACGUCGACCGGGUUCCGCUGUUACUCCGAGCCGAAGGAAACCAAAAGCUCAAGACGCUACCGAUGAUCCAAAGAUUCUCACAGUGGUAGAUGUGGUCGACGGUAAACCAGUGAGACCUCGUCGUACCAGAGCACCGGCAAGGAACAAGCUCGUCAUUGUUGGCGGAGAUGAUUCGGCAAGCGAUGUAUAG